AUAUCGAAACAAAGUCAACAGUUGUAUGUUCCAUGCGGGAUCCAAAAUACACGUGUUGGUUUCAUUAGAGGGCGGUUGCACGUGGCCGAAUGCGUUUGGAAACACGGUAUGGGAUGGCACAGACGGGACGCUGACGUUUGCUAGUGACACGCUGACUGGGUUCAACGUUAACGUCAGUAGCGUCGACCCAAGCGUCAACAGCGUGUCAAAGUGGGAAUGCCUGAGCACAACCUACUUUAGCACCGAUGGCAUUUUACUUCUGAAGUCAACGCAAGUGUUCAAGCAUACCAAUGGUCUGCAUAUGGCCUACCUGUGUCUGACCUUGAAGGAUGUGUCUUCCCCGGAUGCGUAUUACUUCUAUCGGACCCACGCCCGAACACCGUCACUGAACAAUGAGCGCAUCAAGAUCAGCCAGACGGGAAGCUUCACCACCCAGGGACAGAUCUGUGGGGACGUCCCGCCAGUGCACGAGUUUCACUACAUGGUCAAGCAAGGUAAAGAACUUACGUCAAGGCAAUUUUGUCCACCGUCACUUCUCGCAAAAAUGGACUACAACGUGACGUCAGCUGGUGGCGCCAACAGUUGCACGUCAUCAGUUGACGAUUGGGACGUCUGCACUAACAAAACUGAGAUGGUCUUCAACUACUCGACGUGUGCGACACAGAUGCUGUAUUCAAGUGCCGGGAAGGUCUAUUGUAUGUUCAACAUGACGGCAACAAAUGACUACGCUAUCGUCUACGUAGAGGACAGCCAGUUUAUCUGCGUGGUGUCAAACACGGCGGGGACUGCAGCCAGUUUCGUCGGCGGCCAUUGCGGUCAGACGGACCACACUCCCACCUCCUUUGCCAAGCAGGGCGGCGUUGACGUCGGGUUCACGGUUACUAUGACCGCUAAAGCCUUCCUUGGCCCCACCACCAUAAGUACAACUACCAUCCAAACCACAACGGCAACUGCAAAGGAAAACUCCAACAUCAUACCAAUCAUAGCGGGAGGUGUUGGGGGCUUUCUAGCGCUGGCGAUUGUUGGUGCCGUCAUUAUAUAUUGCUUAAAACGUAAACGGCCCGGGAUACCAUCAGCCGACGAGAAAUCCACUCCUCCAGGCAAGACUAGAUUUGAGGAUUUAUUUUUACUGUUUUCUUUAUAG